GAGUGCCACAUGCUUUGAAAAGGUUGAAAAGAAGGUGAAGCUACUGGUCCAAAUUGUUGGAAUGACUGAGUGAUCCACUGUCAGAAGUAAAAUAACUUGAUAUUUUUUGGGGUGUGUUCCAUUUGUGAUCCCUGUUCCAGAACGAUGGCCUCGAUCACACGCCCUCCACACGCAGUAGUGGUGCCCUUUCCUGGUCAAGGCCAUGUCAAUCCGCUCAUGCACUUUGCCAAGAUCUUGGCCGCCAGAGGAUUCUUCGUAACUUUCAUCAACACAGACCGGAUGGAACAGAGGAUCUUCAAAACACCCAACGAUUCCGCGGCCGUUUCCCAUCAGUUGCUACAGCAAGGCCUGCAGAUUCGCUUUCUGGCUGUUUACGAUGGCCUCCCUCCCGACCAUGGAGGAGUACAAGCGAUUGAUGAGUAUUUCCUCGCCACGCAAAAGUUAGGCCCGGCAAUGGUUCGAAUCCUGAGAAGCACCGCCAAUGAAGCCCCGCAGAUCACUUGUAUUGUUACAGAUUGCUUCAUGGCUUGCACCCACCACGUAGCCACCUCGCUGGCAGUGCCUCGUGUCGUAUUUUGGACUUACUGUGCCUCUGCCGCCAUUGCCCUUGCCAAUUCUCGGACGCUCAUGGACAAGGGUUAUAUUCCAAUAAAUGUGAAGGAGGCACGGCGGCCGGAAAACCUUAUCACUUGUCUUCCGGGUAAGAUCCCUCCUUUGAUACCAACCGAUCUGCAAACUUUCUUCCGAGUUCAAGACACGGCGGAUCCCAUGUUUCAAGUGAUCAUGUACGAAUCCGAGAUUCAGAACGAAGCAGAUUAUGUGCUUAUCAAUGUGUUUGAAGAGUUGGAAGGACCUGAGGCUGCAGAGGGGCUCUCCAAAGGAUACCCUGCUCUGCCCAUCGGCCCUGUCUUCCUUCCCGACUUCCUCCAGUCCACUAAAUCCUCUGUAAGUGUUGCUACUAGCCUCUGGGAAGAGGACCUAGAUUGCAUUAAAUGGCUUCAGACAAAAGCACUUUCCUCUGUUCUGUACGUCUCUUUUGGGAGCAUCGCAGUGAUGUCGAUGAAGCAGUUGCAAGAGCUGGCUCUAGGACUAGAGGCCAGCGAGCAGCCUUUUCUGUGGGUAUUACGGCCUGACAUAGCCGAGGGAAAGGCUGCGGUGUUGCCCGAGGGAUUCACAGAAAGAAUUGGGGAGCGCGGAAGGAUUGUGCAGUGGGCUCCUCAGUUGAAAGUCCUGUCUCAUCCCUCUGUAGGUGGAUUCUUGACCCACAACGGAUGGAACUCCACUUUAGAAAGUAUUAGCUUUGGAGUGCCUAUGAUUGGAUGGCCUCUGUGGGCAGAACAGUUUCACAACUGCAGAUUUUGCAAGGAGGUAUGGAAGAUUGGCAUGGAUUUCGAGUCUCGAGUUGAAAAUGAGAAUGCUUUGGUAUCGAGGGAGGAGGUGGAGAUGGUCGUUCGAGCGAUGAUGGAAGGCCCCCAAGGAAAUGAAUUAAGAAAGAAUGCAGCAAGGUUGAAAGAGGCUGCUACCAAGGCAGUGAUGGCAGGGGGUUCAUCUUAUCGAAAUUUGGAUAAAUUUACCAGGGACAUGACUGCAAGAGCCAAUUCCGUGAUAGAAUAAAUCUAAGGUUUGUGUGGUUUUAAAGUUUGCAACAAGUAUCAUGGCGAGUACUUACUCGUGCUAUGGUACUAAAAAGUAUGUGUACGAGAUCGGUCAGUAAUAAUUUGACAUUGAUAGAAUCUUGAAAGGUUGGUGUAUUGUAAUUUUACGUUCUAGUGCUGGUACAAUAAAAGUAUGUUUUUUCAAUUUAAACGGAGGUUAGUAAUAGUUUUACAUCAAUAGAUUUUUGUAAGCUAAAUCUAUUUCAAAAUUACUAUAAUAGUGAAUAUUAUUAUUGUAAAAGUUUAC